CUUGAACUUCCAAGUCAUGAACGGUAAUGACGCAUGAGUCACAUUGGUUGCCAGCGUGAUUUGGUCUUCUGCAGUCAUCAAGUCAUCCUUCUGCUUCGACGGUCAUGGCACCCAAGUCUUCCAGUCACGGGAAAGAUAAACUGAUUGGGGCUGAAGACGAUGUUCUUCAGGCCGUGGUCCUUGCGGACAGUUUCAAUAAACGGUUCAAGCCGUUGACGACACGAAAGCCUCGAUGCCUGCUCCCUGUCUGCAAUGCACCUCUACUCGACUGGACGUUCGAAAGUCUUGCCCUAGCCGGCGUACGAGAAAUUUUUGUGAUGUGCCGAUCACACGCGGAACAAGUCAAGGCUGCUAUCGCGGAAUCGCGAUGGGGCAAGCCCGGAUCCGGUCUCAAAAUCAUACCCAUAAUGACUGCAAAGGAAACCUAUUCACCUGGAGAUGCCAUGCGCGACGUUUACACGCGCGGAUUAGUGACAAGCGACUUUGUCCUUGUCAUGGGCGACCUGGUCAGCAAUAUCCGUAUAGAUGAGGUUGUUAGGGUGCACAAAGAACGCAGAAAGUCGAAUAAGGAUGCGAUCAUGACUAUGGUAGUUAAAGAGAGCGGUGUCAAGCAUCGGACAAGAUCAAAGGGUGACACUUCUGUUUUCGUUCUAGAUACAGAGACGUCAGAAUGUUUGCAUUACGAACCUGUUACGGGAUAUCCGCCAACCAAGAAAGCGCAUAUACCCCGAGAAAUCUUUGUUGACCAUGCAGAGGUCGAAAUACGGAAUGAUCUUAUUGAUUGUUCUAUUGACAUAUGCUCUGUGGAGGUCCCCUCGCUCUUCCAAGACAAUUUCGACUACCUCGACCUUCGAAGAGACUUUGUGCAUGGUGUCCUCACGUCAGAUCUACUCAUGAAAAAUAUUUAUUGCUACAUCGCCAAAGAGGGAUAUGCAGCUCGAGUAAAAGAUACAAGGAGCUAUGAUUCGGUCAGCAAGGAUAUCCUUUCCCGGUGGGCGUUCCCUUUGGUACCAGAUGAUAAUCAUCCCGGUGGUCACCUUUACGAGCAUACCCGUGGCAACAAAUACAUUGCGAAAGGUUCUACAGUAACCCUUGCUCGUACAAGUACAGUCGGGAAUAACACGCUGAUGGGAUGUCGUACUCAAAUACUGGAGGAUGUUCAGAUAAAGUCUUCAGUGAUUGGACGCGACUGUAUCAUUGGUGCUGGGAGCAUUAUCGCCGACUCAUACAUAUUUGACGGCACGAGUAUUGGACCGGAGUGUGUAGUUGAGCAAAGCAUCAUUGGCGAAGGGGUGAUCAUCAAACAUAAUUCGAGGAUAGUGCGAGGAUGUCUACUUGGUGAUGAGGUGAUUGUAGGCCCCGGUGCAGUUCUUCAGCCUUUUGAGAGGCUGUCGAAGAAGCGGGACCCAGAAGAAGUGGAUGAGAAUGAAGAGGAAGAAGAUUCCGAUUUGGAAGAAAUAGAAGCUAGUCAGUCGUCAAUAUCUGCGCAAUUGGGAAAAGACUCGAAUGCGAUUGUGUGGCCCAGGAAUGCAUCUGAUGAUGAAGUCGAAGACGAUGUCGAGAAUCACACGAACCAGCGGUUCAUGCGGCUAGGUGAUGAACCUUCCGACUUGGAAGAUGAUAGUUCCACUUCGUCUGAUGGCGAGGGCGGAUCUUCAUCAGACGAGGACGAAGACUUCAAAAUGAGCCUCGAACCCAGUCUCGCACUGGAUAUGUCUGCUAUUAACCUACCGUCUUCGGAUUCUAUUGCAGAAAGUGAAUUCCGGGCUGAAGUUACUCAGUCUCUUGAGCGAGCAUUUAGCGAAGGGCAUUCCAUCGAUAACGCUGCCGUUGAAUUGAAGACUCUCCGGAUGGCUAGUAAUGUCCCUCUUUCACGUGUGAGAGAGGCUGUUAUUGCAGCUAUAGUGGAGCGUAUCAGGAUUGUCGACGGCGGAGGCGCUGCUCAGCGCACUGAGAUAUCUAACGUCAUACAAAGGUGGGGCGGACUUAUUGACAGGAUCGGAGGUGUAGACGCGGUUGAAACCAUUUCCAUUCUCCAGACUCAUUGUUCGACAUCCGAACGGAUGCCUCUGUUCGGUCAGAUACUUGCAGCCUUGUAUCAGGCGGAUAUAGUGGAAGAGGAAGAUCUAGGGAAGUGGCACUCUUCACCAUCCGCCGGAGGCGUGGGUCUGCCACCUGGAACGCAAACGGACAAUAUCCGAAAAUGUUGGAAUAUUGGGGCCCUUCUAAUUCAACAAAUAGGGCAACAAGAUAGUGGAGAAGAUAGUGAAGAAGUAGACGAAGAUGAAGAUGGGGAGAACUAA